CAGCCUUCCCACCGCUGCUCCACCAUGUGGCAUCCAAUCUCGUGGACAUUGCAUGCCCAGUGGUCACCAAAGCACUUAAAGAUGGUCACUGUCUACCUGCUGGUGCUCCUGGUAUCGCUCAGCUUUGCUUCAGGACACAGCAGACCAUUUAAACAUCAGAUUGACAACAGGAGUCCUGAGAUUGAUCCUUUUUGGUAUGUGGGCCGUGGUGUGCGCCCCAUCGGUCGCUUUGGGAAGAGGCAGCUGAGGAGCAACCAUGACAGCCUGAGGCCUGUGAGCAGACACCUGGAUUUCAUCUUGAACACUUUGUGGAAGCACAAAGUGUUGGACACACAAGACAGUGACUGGUGA